UUUUCCUACAUGCUGGCCAUGGGGAAAUCCCCACUGGGCCCUAUAAGAAGCCCCUGGGCUCUGUGCAGAGCCGAGCUCUAGCUAAGAGGACAAGAUGAGGCCCGGCCUCUCAUUUCUCCUAGCCCUUCUGUUCUUCCUUGGCCAGGCUGCAGGGCAUUUGGGGGAUGCGGGACCCCCAAUUCCUAGCCCCAGCUUCAGCACCUUCCCAGGCGUUGACUCCAGCUCCAGCUUCAGCUCCAGCUCCAGCUACAACGGCAGCUCAGGCAGCGGAGGUUCUGUGUCCCAGUUGUUUUCCAAUGUCACCGGCUCUGUGGAUGACCGUGGGACCUGCCAGUGCUCUGUUUUCCUGCCAGACACCACCUUUCCCGUGGACAGAGUGGAACGCUUGGAAUUCACAGCUCAUGUUCUUUCUCAGAAGUUCGAGAAAGAGCUUUCUAAAGUAAAGGAAUAUGUCAAAUUAAUCAGUGUGUAUGAAAAGAAACUGUUAAACCUAACUGUCCGAAUUGAGAUCAUGGAGAAGGAUACCAUUUCUUACACUGAACUGGACUUUGAACUGAUCAAGGUAGAAGUGAAGGAGAUGGCGAAACUGGUCGUACAGCUGAAGGAGAGUUUUGGUGGAAGCUCAGAAAUUGUUGACCAGCUGGAGGUGGAGAUAAGGAAUAUUACUCUCCUGGUAGAGAAGCUUGAGACGCUUGACAAAAACAAUGUCCUUGCCAUUCGCCGAGAAAUCGUGGCUCUGAAGACCAAGCUGAAAGAGUGUGAGGCCUCUAAAGGUCAAAACACCCCUGUCGUCCACCCUACUCCCACUCCAGGGAGCUGUGAUCAUGGUGGUGUGGUGAACAUCAGCAAACCGUCUGUGGUUCAGCUCAACUGGAGAGGGUUUUCUUAUCAGUAUGGUGCUUGGGGUAGGGAUUACUCUCCCCAGCAUCCAAGCAAAGGACUGUAUUGGGUGGCACCAUUGAAUACAGAUGGGAAACUGUUGGAGUAUUACAGGCUGUACAACACACUGGAUGAUUUGCUGUUGUACGUAAAUGCUCGUGAGUUGCGGAUCACCUAUGGCCAAGGUAGUGGUACAGCAGUUUACAACAACAACAUGUACAUCAACAUGUACAACACCAGGAAUAUUGCCAGAGUUAACCUGACCACCAACACGAUUGCUGUGACUCAAACUCUCCCUAAUGCUGCCUAUAAUAACCGUUUUUCAUAUGCUAAUGUUGCUUGGCAAGAUAUUGACUUUGCUGUGGAUGAGAAUGGAUUGUGGGUGAUUUAUUCAACUGAAGCCAGCACUGGUAACAUAGUGAUUAGUAAACUCAAUGACACCACACUUCAGGUGCUAAACACUUGGUAUACCAAGCAGUAUAAACCAUCUGCUUCUAAUGCCUUCAUGGUAUGUGGGGUUCUGUAUGCCACCCGUACUCUGAACACCAGAACAGAAGAGAUUUUUUACUAUUAUGACACAAACACAGGGAAAGAGGGCAAACUAGACAUUGUAGUGCAUAAGAUGCAGGAAAAAGUGCAGAGCAUUAACUAUAACCCUUUUGACCGGAAACUUUAUGUCUAUAAUGAUGGUUACCUUCUGAAUUAUGAUCUUUUUUUCUUGCAGAACCCCCAGUAAGCUGUUUAGGAGUUAGGGUGAAAGAGAAAUAAAAUGUAUGUUGAAAAAAUAGUCUUCUCCGCUUACUUAGAUAUCUGCAGGGGUGUCUAAAAGUGUGUUCUUUUUGCAGCAAUAUUUAGGUGCAUAGUUCUACCACACUAGAGACCUAGGACAUUUGUCUUGAUUUGGUGAGUUCUCUUGGGAGCCAUCUUCAGAUGGCUCUUCAGGCAAGAAAAUGCCUCUUCAGGUGCAUUUUCCAGUAAAGUCUGUCUAGGGUAGGAUUGUUAGAGUUCUAGGGGCACUGUGGGCCUAGUGAAGCCUACCGUGAGGAGGCUUCACUAGAAGCCUUAAAUUAGGAAUUAAGGAACUUAAAGAGAACUCAGUAUGACUUCUAGGGAUCCUUUGUACAGGAAAGAUUGCCCAGUGACCAGUCCUCAUCCAUGAGUCCCACUAAUUAUUUCAUGCCUGGAAGGAACCUGGGGGCUUAGUUAGGUAGAUUAAUAUCUGGAGCUCCUUGAGGGACCAAAUCACCAACUUUUUUUUUUUUUUCCUCACUAGCACCUGGAAUGAUGCUUUGUAUGUGGCAGAUAAGUAAAUUUGGCAUGCUUGUCUAUUCUACGUCUGUAAAGUGCUGAGUUUUACGGAGGGAGGCCUUUUUAUGCGUUAAAUUGUACAUGGCAGAUCAAUCCCAGAAGGAUCUGCAGAUGAGGCACCUGCUUUUUCUUUUCUCUCAUUGUCCACCUAACUAAAAGUCAGUAGAACCCUCUACCUCAUAACUUCCUUCCAAAGGCAGCUCAGAAGAUUAGAACCAGACUUACUAACCAAUUCCCGUCCCCCACCCCCUCUCUACUGCCUGCAGUAAAAAAAUUAAUAGUUUUCUAUGGAACUGAUCUAAGAUUAGAAAAAUUAAUUUUCUUUGAUUUCAUCAUGAACUUUUAUUUACAUGGCUCUAAGACUAUAAGAAAAUCUGAUGGCAGCGAUAAAGUGCUAGCAUUUAUUGUUACAUAAUAAAGAUCUUGGAGCAUAUGUGCGACUUAUGAGCAUAUCAAUUGUUGCAUGUCAUUUUUGCCUUUGUUUAAGCCUGGAACUUGUAAGAAAAUGAAAAUUCAAUUUUUUUUUUCUUUCUAGGACAAGCUAUACAAAAGCCAUUGAGAGUAUCUAGUUAAUCAGUGCAGUAGUUGGGAAACUUGCGGGUGUAUGUGAUGUGCUUCUGUGCUUUUGAAUGACUUUAUCGUCUGGUCUUUGUCUGUUUUUCCUUUGAUGUUCAAGUCCCAGUCUAUAGGAUUGGCUAUUUAAAUGCUUUACUCCCCUUUUUAAAAUAAAUGUUUAAAAUGUGCCUUGAAAAAAGUCA